CUGCUCACAAAGCCAAGGGAAUUGUCCGGGAGUCCUGACCAACCUGAGAGUCCACAGGGACUGUUCAGGGGAAUCAAAAACGUUGCUGUCCGGCAUGCUGAGUGUCAGACAUCUGAGGUUCAUACGCUGAUUCUCUGGGCUCUGAAUUCUGUCGCAGCAAGGAGAUUUCCUCUCUGGGCUGAGCGGGAUUGUGGCUGUCCCGAUUCCAACAGCACACUGGGCACCAGUGUCUUCUCCAAGCUCCCCAGUCAUCCCUGACUCCUACAACCUCCGAGCUGACAACUUUUCCUCUGCAGGGUGUGAGGUGCCUCCCAUCACACCUCCUCCCUUGGCUGGGGGGUAAUCAGUGACUGUGACUCACCAGUGAGAAAUCUCACACACAAGUGACAAAUGUCAAGGCACCUUGAGAAUUUCUGAGCCUGAUGGACACAUCGACCACCUCAUGGCAGCUUUCAACCUCACCCCCUCUGGCCCUUCAACAUUUAUCCUAAUGGGCAUUCCCGACCUAGAAGCUGCUCACGUCUGGAUUUCCAUCCCUUUCGCUAUGUUCUACAUUAUUGGCCUGUUGGGAAAUUUCAUGGUUCUGUUUGUUGUAGGGAAUGAGAAGACCCUGCACAAGCCAAUGUACCUGCUGCUCUGCAUGCUGGCACUCACAGACAUUGGCAUGUCUACUUGUGUCAUGCCGAAGACACUGUUGAUAUUUUGGUUCAAUAUAAAAGAUAUUAUAGUGGAUGGCUGCCUCACCCAAAUGUUCUUUUUUCAAGCGAUUUCUAUUAUGCACUCAGGUAUCCUUGUCACAAUGGCCUUUGAUCGCUAUGUUGCCAUAUGUAACCCUCUGAGAUACACCACCAUCCUCACCAAUGCACGAAUAGCUAAGCUAGGGCUAGUGGGUUUGAUAAGAGCUGUUCUUUUCAUGCUGCCCCCACCCCUGCUCCUGAGCAGGCAGCCAUUCUGUAACGACCGCAUUAUUCCCCACACGUACUGCGACCACAUGGCUGUGGCAAAGAUGUCAUGUGGGGACAUCACAGUCAACAGGAUGUAUGGGUUGGUGUUGGCAUUCGUAGUCAUUGGGUCAGACUUGACUCUCAUUGCCCUGUCCUAUGGUUUGAUCAUCAGGGCCCUCCUCAGAAUCUCCUCCAAGAAAGCCCACCAGAAAGCCUUCAGCACCUGCACAGCCCACAUCUUUGUGAUACUGAUGUCUUAUCCUCCCGGCCUCUUCUCCAUUCUGACACACCGGUUCAGUCAGGGCAUCGCUCCCCACGUUCACAUCAUCAUGGCCAACCUCUAUUUCGUCACUCCCCCCAUGCUCAACCCAAUCGUUUAUGGGGUUUAUACCAAAGAACUUCGUGACAAAGUGGGCAAAUACAUGUGCAGAAUGUGA